CCCGCGGGGAGGCGCCUCAUCCGGAGGCUGUCCCGCACCGCAUAAAGCGGCAGACGCACAGGGUGCCCCGCAGCCGCUCGGGCCGGUCGCCGCUGCGGAGAAGCUGCUCCGAUGCUCCAGAGCGGCCAUGGGCGUCCCGCACUGGUGGGACCAUCUGCGGGCUGGCAGCUCGGAGGUGGAUUGGUGCGAGGACAACUACACCAUCGUGCCUGCCAUCGCCGAGUUCUACAACACGAUCAGCAACGUCUUGUUUUUCAUUUUACCGCCCAUCUGCAUGUGCCUGUUCCGCCAAUAUGCGACGUGUUUCAACAGCGGCAUCUACUUAAUAUGGACUCUCCUAGUUGUAGUGGGAAUCGGAUCUGUCUACUUCCAUGCAACUCUCAGUUUCCUGGGUCAGAUGCUCGAUGAACUUGCCAUCCUUUGGGUUCUGAUGUGUGCUCUGGCCAUGUGGUUUCCCCGGAGGUAUUUACCAAAGAUCUUUCGGAAUGACAGGGGCAGGUUCAAGGCAGUGGUGUGUGUCCUGUCUGCAGUUACAACGUGCCUGGCGUUUGUCAAGCCCGCCAUCAACAAUAUCUCCCUGAUGACUCUAGGGGUCCCAUGCACUGCCCUGCUCAUUGCAGAACUGAAGAGGUGUGACAAUGUCCGUGUGUUUAAGCUGGGCCUCUUCUCCGGCCUCUGGUGGACCCUCGCCCUCUUCUGCUGGAUCAGCGACCGAGCCUUCUGUGAGCUGCUCUCCUCCGUCCACUUUCCGUACCUGCACUGUGUGUGGCACAUCCUCAUCUGUCUUGCCGCAUACCUGGGCUGCGUGUGUUUUGCCUACUUUGAUGCUGCCUCAGAGAUCCCCGAGCAAGGUCCAGUUAUCAGAUUCUGGCCCAGCGAGAAAUGGGCCUUUAUUGGUGUCCCCUACGUGUCUCUCCUGUGUGCCCACAAGAAGUCGUCAGUCAAGAUCACAUGAUGACAAGGCAGUGGCCGCCGGCGGCGGCGUCUCUACUUGUUUCUCUUCCCGCACUGGGCUUCAUUGGCUGGCAAAGAUAGCCAUGGGGCGGGGGGUUGAAGCAUUGGUGUGGGUGUGUCUGUUUAAAAUUCUGUUCCUUUGGGCUCUAACUGGACCACUGUGCCUGGGGAGGAGGGAUGGAAAGCUCAGGGAUAGUAAGUGUGUGUUGCUCAGCAUCCCAUCCAGGCACAUGGGCUUGCUGGGUUAUGUCCCUGAUGGCAGUGGCCGAGUAGUUCUUUGGGAGACCCAGGGUAGCUUCUUGCUGGAGAAGGCGGCUUGCUGUAGAUCCCACCAUCUCCAGGCUCUCUGAUUAUGCAGGAGUCAGCCCCUCUGAGACACAAGACCUUCUGAUUUUGUGAGGGAAAGCACCGGAGCUUUUCCAGUUACAGGAGAGACAUUGUCCUUCAACACAACCAAAUGGACAGAACACACAUGGGGGGGGGCUUGUGGCUAAGGGGGUGGGCUUGUCACCUGCACCUCUCAGCUUUCCCAGGUUUCCCACGGGCUCGUGGAUCCUUCAACCACUACCUCUGCUAAGAGAUGGAGACUUGGCCUCAGAGGGCAGUUAGUAACCCCCUCUAAGCCAAAACCUGCAUCCGCUUUAAGCAAAUAUUAAAUAUUGACGCUGUUCCUGCUUUUCCUGAAGCUCGGGAGCCUCAACCCCACAGACAACUGCUCUGGUGUGAAGACUCCACAUACAGCCCCUCUGCUUGCCACCACUUGACCUCUUGUGAGGGCACCAACAGCUCAUUUCAGUCAUGGAGGCAGUCUGGGUUUGACUGUGGAGUGUGUGUGAAGCUUUGGAAAAGUUUUUCAUUGGAAACUCCCAGGAUGUCCUUACCUCCAAGACUUGGACCCCAUUCCUCUGCUGUUCCUAGGGAAUGCGGACUCCUGGGGGAUGUAGGACUCCUGGGGGAGGUGGGACUCCUGGGGGAGGUGGGACUCCUGGGGGAUAUGGGGCUCUUGGGGGAAUGUAGGACUCCUGCUUUUGAUCUCACAGUACCUGGUGCUAACUGGUUUCUCAGAGCACUGGACUGUUGGCUCUUCUGUCGCUACACUCGAUGAGCUGGUUUCGGGGGGGCGGGGCCUUCUGGGUAUGAGGUGGGAUGGGGGAAUCUCAGGGAUGUUUGCAGCUCAGGCACCUCGUCCUUUCUGACAUUCCAUUGUGGGGAGUGGGGCAGUGCUCAGGGGUGGAGUCAUGAGGCUGUUCUGAGUGGUGGAGCGUUGUCCUGAGUCAGAAGGAGCUAGCCGGUUCUGGCACUUCAGGAACUCUUACCCUGGUUAGAAUUUUCACAGAGUCCAUAAUGGAAACUGAACUCAAGUUUUUACACCAAUAGACUCCAUUCUACUUCUGGGGCUUUGAAGUAACUUGCUAGGCGAUUUCCUGUUUAUAGUAGCAAAUCUUUAUGGAACAUGUCUGUGUGAAGUAAGUGGUCUUUUAUUAAAUUUAUAGCAUUUAUUAAAUCUCCCAGGCAGCAAACACACAAGUUAUUUGAUUGGGGAUUUUCAAGGCAGAAAUAUUUGGUUUUGAGUAAGUGUAUAUGUUAUCUUACUAUAGCUUAAAAUAUAUUUAAGAUGAUUUUGAGUUGAAUGUUCGUGGCAACCUAGGGAUUCAUGGGAUUGCUGUUGAGUCCUUUGGUUUUUGAGUCUAGAGUUUUUCAGAGGGCAAAAUCAAGCCAUCCUUGUUUCUGGUUAUCUUCCCAGGCAUGUGGUUCGCUCUUAUCUCUUCUACACUAUAUAAAUGUCCUGAGGAUAACACCCAACUGCCUGAGUCUGGAAGAGUCCCUUGGGGCUGGAGAGUUGGGUCAGCAGUUAAGAAUACAUGUUGCUUUCCCAGAGAACUCAGAUUCGAUUCCCAGCAUACACAUGAAGCUCAGAACCUGUAACUCUAGUUUCAGGGGAUCCAAUGCCCCCUUCUGAUCUCCAAGGGCACCAGGCAUGCAUGUAGUGCACAUACAUGCAGGCAGACAAAACAUUCAUACACAUAAAGUAAUAAAAUGGAUAAAAAGUUGGCAGUAGGAGAGGAUUUUUAGAUGCAAGAUUUGAUUUGUCCCAAAGGCUCUUCCAUGGCAGUGGUGUCCUCAAAGUCAGGGAAGAACCAUUUUGCAUCAGGAAAAGAACUUACUGCCUAGGGCCUGUGCUGACACCCCCAGGAAUAGGGAUAAAAUAUUAUUGAUGGAUAUGCUUGGACAUGAUUGGCUGGAAGGAAGUGAACCCCUGACUCAGUGGGCAGCUUCUCCAGGCAUGUGCUACCACACCUGCUUGGGAUGGAGUAUGUGUGCGGGCAAACACCUUUUUUUUGCUUCUGUCUGUGACAGAGCUUUGUUCCUCUGUCCCAGGCUGGCCUCACUACUCUUAUAUAUAGCCCAGGCUGGCCUCAACCUCAUGAUGAGCCCCCAGGUUAGUCUCUCAAAUGCUAGGUGUGAUGAUAGCAGUGAGCUACCACACCCAUCUCAAACAGAAAUCUAUAGCUUGCUAGCAAGGGACUAGACAUGCAUGAAUCUAAUUUUGAGCUGAGCUUUGGGCAUUGUUCGUAUUUACAUUAAUGUUCUACAUGUUUAGAGGAGAUUGGGACACUACAGAAAAGCAGCAGAUGAAAGAAAUUGCUCAUACCUCUAUUGCCUUAAAGCAUUCAUUGCCAGCGUUUUGGCUUUUGGGUGUGUUUCCUUCCUAUCCUUUCUGCCCUGCCACAGCUAUAAUUAGAUGUCAUUUGGACCUUUUAUCCUUGCAUGGAAUUUGAAUGCCAGCGUUUUCGUGGAGAGCUGGUGUGGAGUACCCUCGACCUGGCUUUCUCUUGAAUGCUGAUUGCUGGAUUCUGAGCUCACUCCUGGAACUAUCUUUUCCAUGAAGCCUGACUGGAGCAGCCCCUGAGACAUGAACUGACUUCAGCUUUGUGAUGUAACGCUUCACCUUUGGAUCUCUGCGUCAGAGUAAACGGCUGUUAAAGAUGCAACUUCAUGGAUUUUAAUGUGUCAAGAGUGGUGAAAACAAGUUGAGUUCACUAACUGAUGUGCAGUCUAGGAUCCCCUCCCUUCCGGCAGGGUUGACAUUGAUGAGUGUGGUCAUGGCCACCUACCAGCAUGAGUGUCAGACUCUAUUCUGUUCCAAAUCUGCCCGAGAUCUCAGGACAUAGAAAGCCAGGAAUGUUACCAAGUGAUCAUCUCUGUCCCUGAUUGUACAGUUCUGAUCCAUCGUUGAUUCUUAGAAGAACUCCUCUCUUUAGUGCCCCGUGAUGCCAAAACCAGCCCUUCAGCAGAGCUCUUUCCAUCUGUAUCCAUUUGUGAUGUGAUCUGUGGGGGCCUCUCCGGUGAAAAGUGCCUACAACAGUCAUUAUGGGCCAACACUGUUGUGCUGAGGGACAAAGCUGAAUGGUUGUCACACAUGGGCUUUGUAAAAAUACUGCCACCCAUUCUAUUGGUUGGGUUUCUCAGGUGACUGAAACUUCCCUCACAAGUCAUUUCCUCCCCAUCCCCACCCUGAGCCAGCACUGGGAUUUGAACCUUUCCGGCUCUUCUUCAGGUCUGGUGACUAACUAUGACUGGGGUACAGGCAAGGGCUGGAGCGUGGCCAGCCAGGGCCUCUCUCCCCAUUCCUUUCUCUAACUGAACUUCGAUUCUUCCUAACCAGGACUUGACCUGGGUGCUGUUGAUCCCACUGGCCAAAGACACACCUCCGGCCAGAUUAGGAUUCUCAAGUGAUUUUAUAGACAUUUUUAUCCCGCAGACUUUAAAAACAUGGCCGUUACUCCAAAGGGCUUGUGUCUUUUCCUACAUGUCAAGUGAGACCGAAAACUAUUUUAUAACCACAAUAUGUAAUCCAAGUAAAUAGAGUAUUUUCAGAUAUAUACCAUGCUUUAUACUUUUAUGUAGGGUGUGCUGUGUACGGGUGGUAUGUACCCUGGUGGAGGUAGCAUUAAUCAUUGCUCUGAGGGAAUUUAUAGACCUUUUGCACUUUAUGCUUUUUUGUGUGUGUGUGUGUGUGAACUCUGAUAAUCAUGGUUAAUAUUAAAGCCGUUAACUGGCACUUUCUGUGAAUAAAUAUGUAUACAGAUCUA